AUGGUUGUUUACGCUACUAGAGAAGGCAGUACAGCCGAUGAUAAUAUCAACGAGCGAAAUGGAAUGUUUACAGGGACUCUUCUAAAGUAUAUUGAGAUACCUAAUAUUGGUAUCAGAAGUAUUUUAGAUAGUACAACAGCUGGAGUAAGAACAAAAACAAAUUAUCGUCAAUCACCUGGUCGUUAUGAUGAACUAGAAGGAGAUUUUUAUUUCCUAAAAACAAGGACAGUCAUCAGCUAUGAUGAUGUAAAUAAGUCUAUUCAAGAAGGAGAAGCCGCUUUUGAACAAAAACAAUAUGAUGAUGCCUUCAGAUACUAUUUUCCACAUAAAGAACAUACCAUUUUUAAAUCACUUAAUCAAGGACAGCUUGGUUUUAUGUACGACAUGGGUUUUGGUGUACGCCAAGAUUAUUCAGAGGCGAUGAAAUGGUAUCUAAAAGCUGCUGAAAAAGGUGAUGCACGUGCUGAAUAUAAUCUUGGCAUCUUUUAUGAAAGAGGAUUAAGUAAUCGUCAAGACUAUAAAAAAGCCGCAGAAUGGUAUCUUAAAGCCGCAGAGCAUCAUUUAGCAGAUGCUCAGUUUAACCUAGGUUUUUUAUGUGAAAAAGGAUUGGGAGUAGCACAAAACUACCGGGAAGCUACCGAAUGGUAUCGUAAAGCGGCCGAACAAGGAGAUGCCGAUGCACAAGUAAACUUAGGCUUUAUCUAUGAAACUGCUCAAGGACUUCCACAAGACCUCAAAGAAGCAGUAAAAUGGUAUAAAAAGGCUUCUGACCAAGGUGAUGCUGAAGGUUCAUAUAAUUUUGCUAGAUUGGCUAGCAAUUCUUUAUCAAGCCAAGAAUUAAUCAAUAUCUACACUCAAGCAGCAAAACAAGGGCACAUUGAGGCACAGUUAAAUUUAGGAUACAUUUAUGAAACAAGUAAAGGGACUCUUCAAAAUACUUCACAAGCAAUUAAUUGGUAUCAAAAAGCAGCUAAUCAAGGACAUCCUAUAGCGCAAUUUAAUCUAGCAGUAAUGUACGAUGCAACUAAAAAUGGUUCAAAUCAAAAUUAUGAUGAAGCAAUCAAUUGGUAUCAAAAAGCAGCUAAACAAGGGCUGCCAUUGGCGUAUUAUAAUUUAGGAAUUAUAUAUGAAUACGGAAAAGGUGUAUCUAAAAAUAGCAGUUUAGCAAAAGACUACUAUAAAAAAGCAGCUAAACUUGGAAAUGAUUCAGCACAAAAAGCCCUCGGACGUUUUGGGAUGACUUG